AUGGACAUCAGUGUGGAGGAGUCUCAAAAAAUCAGAAUAGAUCUGCCACAAGAUUCAGUCACUGGAGAAAAGCUCUGUGAUGACAGGAUAUUCACCAAUCUGGUCACUGGGGCUGGAAGUGAUGGGGAAAGUAUCAGAAAUUGUCCCUUUUGCCAAUGCCUUUUUAUGAUACUCUGGCUUAAAGGAGUUAAAUUUAAUGUGACUACUAUUGACAUGACCAGAAAAUCUGAAGAACUGAAGAACUUAGCCCCAGGUACCAAUCCUCCAUUCUUGGUAUAUAAUAAGGAGUUGAAAACAGACUUCAUUAAAAAUGAGGAAAUUCUAGAGCAGACACUGGCUCCUCCAAGAUAUCCUCACCUGAGUCCCAAGUACAAGGAAUCUUUUGAUAUGGGCUAUAAUCUCUUUGCCAAGUUUUCUGCAUAUAUUAAGAAUAUACAAAAAGAAAGCAACUCAAAUUUUGAAAAAAAAUCUCUGCUAAGAGAAUUUAAACAUCUGAAUGACAACUUAAAUAUUCCACUUCUGGACAAAAUUGAUCAAGACAGUGCUGGGAAGCACACAGUUUCCAGAAGUCUGUUCUUGGAUGGAGAUCAACUAACACUGGCUGACUGCAGUCUGUUAUCCAAACUGAAUAUUAUUAAAGUUACUGUCAAGAAGUACUGUGACUUUGACAUUCCAGCAGAAUUCUCAGGAGUCUGGUGCUAUCUCCACAAUGCCUAUGCCCAUGAAGAAUUUGCCUACAUAUGUCCUGAAGACAAAGAAAUUGAAAAUAUGUAUGCAAGUGUGGCUAAACAGUAG